GAGAAACUGGAAUAAUAAUAAGGGUGGUGUGACGCUAACUGGAAGAUUAUAGUAAAAGUGGUUAUUUAGCUGUUUUUGCUAAUUUCCUCGGCUUUCCAGUCAAUUACGUUUCCUACUACUGUUGAUAAAUUGAAAUGAUGUACACACAAAGAUGUUACCAACAGUGGAACUUCGUCUUUGACAUUUUUUAUGAACAUGAGAUUGCGUGAAUAAAGUAAGACUCAAGAGUUCAGCGAUGAAUGUUUUUCAAACAAUUCUUGAUAAUCACCUUCGAAGAAUUUUACCCAUUACGUCGCCUCUGAAUUACAGAUAUUUGCAAAUUCUGAGUGAUUCUACAUCAGGAAAGAAGUCACCAUUUUCCUAAAACAGAAAACUAAAAUAAUAUUCCAUUUUUAAAUUUUUCGUCCUCAAAAAAAUGCACGAAUAUCCAAAGUAUAGUCACUUGGAGACGACUCCACAUAAUCUAGAUCCGAAUUUGAGAAACCACCCACAAAGUCAACACAAUCAUCAUGAUUUUGUCAACUUUUUGACAUUUCUACAAAGUCAUAAAACAUCUCCAACGUCAUCAGUUGCAGCACAUAUUAAUGCGUCAAUGCAUCAAUAUAAAAGCAUCCCAUGUUUUGACGAACUACUGGAACAUGCAACUAGCAAUUAUAAUACCUAUUCAAACACUUCACUAAACUUAAAAUAUACAGACCCAGUUAGACAAGGUCAUUUUGAGGAUGAUCACUUAUCGCUAGUCAACUUUAUGCAAAAUUCCACCAGUUACAUAAGAAGCCUGAUGAAGUCUAGUGGUUGCGAUCAUCUGUUAAGCUCUUACUUAAAGAAUAAUAUCAUACUGCCAAGUAUUAUUGAACAAUCGAAACGAAAUGAAAUUCCCACUUCUUUUCCACUUCCAUUAUCUUCAACAUCAUCAGUUACAACAAAAGUACCAUCUUCAGUAAGCUGGAUUAACCAACUAACUGAACUGUAUCCUGCAUACACACAAGAAAUGUCAGUGAUCGACUGCAUCUACAAAACUUUUACAAGUUUAUUAAAGAAUUCGGCACCCUCAGAUAAUAAGAAUGAUGAGAAUGACUUCAUGUUUAGUGGUUUAAAUGGCCAUCUUAACCUUUCAAAUAUUCAGAAUCAGAUAAAUCAUUCGUAUUUUCAAAACGAUACAGGUAGUAUCUACGAUGAAGUUAGAAAUUGCGCUUCAAAUAUAGAACACCCGUUAGUAAACAACGGUAAGGAAUGCUAUACUUCGGUUAAAAUGUUAUCUAAGUUAUACGAUAACUGUCCAAUUCCAGAUUACAAGAGUCAAAUGAUUACUGUACAUAACAAAAACUGUAAAACACAUAAAAGCAGUCAUCAUAACAAAUUAAAUAAUCUAGCCCGAUCGUCUUCGUCUUCACUUGGGUUCCCUUUAUUCAAUCCAUUUGUGGAAAGUGGUACAAUGGGGGCAAAUUCAAGAAAAAUUCUCAGUAAUCACUCUAAAAAGUGUUCCACUUUCCAUGACAAAAUGUUUUCAAAUGAAAAUGUAACACUCAAUCCCAUCAGUCCAUGGAGUAAUCUAUCAAAUCAGAAAACUAAUACGAACUUAUCGUGCUCAUCAGUUAACUAUAAUGAUGAUAAACAAGAAAACUGUAAUAAUCUUAAAAUUACAGAACAAUUAAAACUUUAUAAAGAGAAUGAUUCAAAAAACUGUGUACGUCUUGUCAAUGGACAGAAAAAGACUCGAGACGAUUUAUCAGUGUCUGACUUUAUAGCCAGCGCCAUAAAAUAUGAUAACUUGAAUAACUCCGUGCAAAAUAAUGGUGCAUUAAUUGAAGCUUUAGCUAGUACAAAUAAUCUGGAAAUGUGUUGGGUAAAAGUGGCACAAAUAAAAGAAAAUUUCGAGAAUGAUAUCUGCAAUUUAUCAAGUGAAUUAGUGUUCAUUCAUUCCUCUAAGCGUCAUCAUUUACUAGUUGGCAUCAGUGAAAAAAGUGGCAGUAAACAAGCCUCCAGAAUGCUAUGGCCCCAUUUUAAUGCCAAAAGUUUUAAUGUGGAUACGAAACUUGCACUGAGUGUUAAAAAUGAUUAUCCAUUCUACGUGUAUGGACACGGCUGGUCAUCUGUCGAUCCAAAUUUAACAUGGAAACAACAACAUUUGUUAUGUAGACAACUGCAAAUAGAAGACAUUUGUUUAGUACUAACCUACUGUGUUCCUUCAACUGGUAAAAGCAGCCGAAUUUCCACUAUAAAAGCUAAUAAUAUUAAAUUAUCAUCCUCAAAUGAAAUUAACCACUCAAAAUGUGGAUUACAAUCUUCUUUUAUCAAGGCAGUUAAGCCUGUGGAUACUGAAUUCGAAAGUGAUUCCUUAUCAUUAACUUAUUCCAAAAAAAAAAUCAACGGUGAUAUCAUUUCUGAGCCACUUCAUAAAUGGGCGACCCCACUUAACUUGAAAUAUGACCCACAUCACUCUCCAUCGACCUUAUCUUCUUUACGUGAUGAAAUGAAACGCAAACAGUAUGAUGAUGAUACACAAGUGAUUAAGAGGCCUAAAUUAGAAGCACCUUUUCAGACAAUAGUCAAAUCUAGCUCAAGUACAUCACAUCCAUUUUCCGCCUGUAAUCUAGCCAAGUCUCCAGAUACUAUGUAGAAGUCAAAUUAAAGUAUUCAAUCUUUCGAAGAACACGCAGUACUCUAGAACUGUAUAUCAAAGAAGUAGAAGGAUACCGGAUAUUUGUAGUUUUUUUUGGAAGUCAAAUAUUUGACAGUGAUAUUCAUACCGUCACAUGUUGAGAAAUUUCCAAAUGGAUUUUAUUUAUCAGUAUAUCAUCUCAUCUUCUUCCUUAUGUUUUACAAUUCAACUGAGCAUUUGCAAAUAAAUGAAAGAUGUUUGUAACAUCAUCCGUAAUGUGCAAUUUGUUUCUGGAAGUUGACUGCAGAGAAUGCAAUGACUACUACAAUAUAAAUUCUGCCGAUUAUUACAUGCGAACAAUAAAGUUAUUAGGACAAUAUUUCAAGUUGAAUACCAAGCGAAAGUUGAUCAAAUGAAUUACUUAUGAAUAUUUUGCAUUUAAUUCCAUAAUGGAACAAAUAAUAAAUUACUGCAUUCCUUUCACUUUACUCAGUAAUCCAUAAUCAUUUAACACAACAAAAGUAUUAAGUCAGUUUGAAUUACCUAAUAGACUCUUGAUUUUAAAUUAAAUGUAUAACUUAGCCAUUUUGUUUUUGACUGUGAUCACGAAAAUUAUAUAAUUUUCAUAUGUGAAAUUUAUGACUAAGAUGUCUCAUUGAAUCUAUACACUGUUGGGCAGUUCUCCAUCAUCUGUUUAAAUGAAUAUAUUUCAAGAAGUUCAUAAUUAUAAUAAUGUUUUUAAAUUAACAUUUUCAACAUACAUUAUUAUGUCUCAAUGAAUUGUUCGCCAACUUAGGUUUUAAGGGGAAAGUUGGCGAACAUUAACAUUAUAUUUCAGAAAAAUCAUGAUAAGUCUUUUCUCAGUGAAAGAACAAAUGACAUCAUUUAUUGAUUAUUCGUUUACUUGUGACUACAAUGAAGAUACCUAAAGUUACUGCUCUAGCUUUCGUCUACCAGACAGUGAAAUAGAUAGAUUUAAGUAGCGAUGUAUGCAAUACCGAUUUAAAAAUAUAAAAACUAAAAAAUCGAACAUCCUAAAGAUGCAAUCUCACCUAACAGUUCAACGCCAAAAUUUCUGUGACAUUCACUUUAAAUCACAACAAUACGUUAUGAGAUAUAACCAUCUUUUAGAGACUCUCAAAAAUAUUCUCUUAGUUUUGUUAUCGUUUCUGUAAAGUGUUUCUUAUUUACACAUUAGAAACUAAGUUUUUCAAUGCAUGUUAAAAUGAUAAAAGACGUACUGUUAACUUUGUUUUGAAAACCUUUUGGCUUAGGAUAUCAUGGCUUCAGUCUUCAUGCUUAGACUUUCUAUGAUGCAAUACUUAGGAGGUGGAAAGGAAGAACACUGUGAAGUCUGACCAAAGAGAACAGUGUGAGACUUUUUCUGAACUUUGUUAUAAAAUAAACCAAAUAUAAUAAAAAUACACUACCUCUCUAUUCCAGCUUUACUUAAUACAUAACAAUGCAAUU